AGGGUUUAGAGUUUAGGUUUUAGGGUUUAGAGUUGAGAAUUGAGGUUUUGGAGAUAAGAUUUCAAAUUUUGAAAAAUAAAAAAAUUUAAAUUUUUCAAAAGAUAAAAUGCUAUUUUGGUCAUUUUAGUUUUUGAGUGCUAUUUAUGUGAUAUAAACUUAGAAAUGUGCUAUUUUGGAGAUUUGCCCAAACGAUAAUGAGUAAUAUACAAUAUAAGAAAUUUAUAUAUGUAAUAUAAGUUAAAAUAAAUAAUUAGUAAAUAUUCAAUUUAUAAAAUGGAAAUACUACAUUAAAACAAUUAUCUUAAAAUGUAAAAAAACGACAAUAAGUAAUAUACAAUAUAAGAAAUGUAUAUAUACAAUAAUAUAAAAAAACAACAAUAAGUAAUAUACAAUGGGUCCGAUUGGUAAUGGCCGUAGCUUUAAAUAUUUUGUUGUAGAAAAAAAUCUGUAAACUUUUUGAUGUGGCUUUAGAUUUUAUUGUUGUAGAAUUUUAUUGAAGCACUAAAAAAUUGUUUUGGAUAUUUGGCUCUGCAGAGCAUUUGUACAGCUGUAGGUUAUUUUAAGAGCUGUGGUUUCAAAAAAAAAUUUAAAGCUUGAUUGCUCUGAAUUUGGUGCUGUAGAAAUAAAUAGGGUUGUGGACAGCACCUACAGCAACUACCAAUCACUCCCAAUAUAAGAAAUGUAUAUAUACAAUAUAAGAGAAAAUAAUAAGUAAAUAUACAUUUUAGAAAAUAUAAAUUCUACAUUAAACAUCUAUCUUAAAAUGAAAAAAAUAAAUAAAAGGUAAUAUACAAUAUAAUAAAUGGAAAUAUACAAUAUAAGAAAAAAAGAGCAAAUAUACAAUUUUAAAAAAUGGAAAUACUACAUCAAACAGUAAAACGAAAAUGUAUAAAUUUACAUCAAGCACGUCUCUAUAAAACCCAUUGUAUCAACACCAUCAACCUCACACCCAUCAAAGAAGACUCCAAAGAAAUCCAGCAAAGAAAAGACAAUGGCUCCUCCCACAACCCUCGCUGUCCCAACAACGUUUGACGACCUCGAAGGAGAUUUCUGUAACAAGGAAGUUUUUGUCAGGCUGAUUCGUUGCUGGGAAGCCCGAAACUUCAAAAAGGCGAACAUACUCAUGGGAGUUGAGUUGCUCCUCAUAGACUCAAAGUCAACAACCAUUCAGGGGUUUAUCUCCACACACUUCCUUCCCCGCUUCAAAGAGGACCUGAAACCCAACACAAUUUACAAGCUCAACGGGUUCAGCAUCAGACUUUCCAAAUCAGUUUACAGAGUCUCACCACAUAAGCACGGGAUCAGCUUCAACAACAAGACAACCUUCACUCCUGUUCAUGAAGUGGACUACCAGAUUGAUUCUCAGCACUUUCGUAUACGAGAUCUCCAAGCGUUCACCGACAUUGUCGAUAAACACACAGAUCUUCUCGAUAUCAUUGGCUUUUUGCGAGUCAUCAAUGGGGACAACUUAGACACUCAGACACCCAUGGCUACUGCCCCAGCACCUGCUGGUGAAAGAUCAAAGGAUAUGGUCUUCUUGCAUGUGCAACUUGAAGUAGUUUGAUGAAGCUUUAAUAAAAUGGAAAGAGUACAUUAAAUAUUAAACAUCUAUCUUAAAAUGUAAAAUAUAGAUAUUAAGUAAAUAGAAAGUAUAAGAAAAAGAAAUACACAACUUAAAAACAAUGAAAAAAAUAUAUUAAGAUUUAAACAUCUAUAUAUUGAUAAAAAUUUUCUAAAAGCAUAUUCAUAUAUCAACGAAAAGUCUCGUUAUGCUAAUUUCUUGCAUCUCCUUCCAAUAGUUUCUUUCAACCUAAAAUACAAAACCUUUCUCUCAUACCACCAUCAUAUGAUAAAUAUUAUAUAUAUGUAUUUUAAAUAUCAAACAUAAUAUUUGAAAUAAUUUAUUUUACACAUAAACAUCAAACAUUUAUCUUAAAAU